CCACAUCAGUUUCCUUAUUAUCACUCUAUGACAAGAGUUCAAGAGAAGAUAACAAACUUGUGAGGAUUUCAAGAAGGAGAAACUAAAGAAUUAGAUGUCUAAAGUCUACUGUCUUCAAGAUAGCUCUUAUUCUUUCACGGACCACGGUGAACAUGAACUCCUCCAGCAACUCUAGCUUGGACUCCACAUCCUUGAAUUCGGGCCGCCUGAUUUCGAGCACCGUCCUGGGGCUGUGCUGUGCGCUGGGCCUCCCUGGUAACAUAGCUGUCCUGGUGGUCAUCCUGUGCCGCUCGUCCCAACGCCCCAACUUCACCCUGUGCCUCAUGCUGAACCUGGCUUCCUCCGACGUCCUGUGCCUGGCCACGGUGCCCGUGUGGAUCUAUACUCUCCUGUACCGCUGGACUCUGGGCCGUGCUGCAUGCAAGUUAGCUACCUUCUUGCUCUACCUCAGCCUGUAUGCUAACGUGCUAACGGUCACUCUACUCGGUGUCCAGCGCUACCUCCAGGUGCUCUACCCGCAGAUGUGGAACAGGCUGGGGCGCAAGGGGGAGGCAGUGCUGCUCCUGGCCCUGUGGGGGCUCGCCAGUGCCCUGACUGCCCCCGCCGUUGCCACUCGCGAUGUGCGCGAUGGCGAGCUCAAGUGCCAGCGACACACGGGCUCCGAUGCUGAAAGAGUUGCUGUCCUCCUCUUGGAGACCCUUUUAGGGUUCGUGGUUCCUUUCUCUGUGCUGGUCACGUCCUACUGCUGCCUCCACCGGCGGGUGAACCAGACGGCGCUGUUCAGCAGUGCAAAGUUGACGCGGCUGGUUACCAGUGUGGUGGUCGCCUUCUUCAUCCUCUGGAUCCCUGUGCACAUUGUCAAUGUGGUAGAUAUCGCCGGCAUUGCGCUGCAGACAUCCUGGCCAGAGGCGUCGGGCAGCGCUGCUGAGACACAGAAGCGCCGCAGCGCGUGUCGUCCGGACCUUUACGUUUUUUAACAGCUGUCUGGACCCCUUCCUGUACGCCUUCGCCUCGCGGAGGAUCCGUGAGCAGCCCAAGUCGUCAUCGAGGGGCGACAGCAGGAUGCAGGUCACAAAUAUCUGAUGUCUGAAGCUGUGCCCCGCUGGUGUGACUAAAGGCAUGUGACUGGAAUGCCAACCCCUAAUUCUAACCCUCAGCCUACCCAUAAUCAAACCCCCUAACCCUAACCUUAACAAAUCAGGGUACUCUCAAAAAUAAAUAGCUUUUUUAGGUGUUCUUGACUUGGUUUUUAGAGCAGCCAAAUAAGAGGCCCAUUGCCCCUGCUAUUUUGUCCUCAACAAAACCUACAUUUGGGUUGCUGACUGUAUAGGCUGUACUUUCUAGGUAUCCAUAGGUUAGCCUAGAUUUGUUAUUUUGGUGAUCUAACGCCCUUCAAGCUUGACCUCCAUUGGUCAAAGCCUAAAUUGUGUUGCUUCUGUCAGCUUUCCCUAUGAAUAAAUACAUAUAUUUGGUUA